UUUCGCCGACGCCUACCAGGCCUACCAUGCUCGGCGAGCGCUGGCUUACCGCGUGGGUGCUGCUGGCCGCCGCUUUGUGGCCCCGGUACGCGGCGAUACCGGAGGUAGACGACGCUGGGGUCGACCAGGGGGCUCCCAGUUUCCAGGAGAUCGAGGACCUCCGUAGCCGCUACAGCGCCGUCCAGAUAUCCAGAGACUCAGAGCACAUCAAGAGAGACCUGUCCCGUGUCCUGCUCUUUGCAAAGGAGGGCAAUCUGGACACCGAGGAAACGACUUUUUACUUCAUGAGGAUGCACGACUACGACGACAACAACCAACUGGACGGGCUGGAGCUCAUGCAGGCGUUCGACCACCUUCUCGACCACAACAACGAGACUUCGACCGAAACGAAGCUGGUCGCGAUGGUGGACAACCUGAUGGCCGUGGACGCCAAUGACGAUGGUUUCGUCUCCUUUCCCGAGUGGCUGGCCUUCAUCCGGACCGCGAAUCCGAAGGGGCAGGAAAACAGCGAAUACGGCGGCAGAGUCUCGAGCCAGGGGCAGCCGAAGCACUCUCACUAUGGUCAGUGACUCGAGAGCGAAAGAUACCCACCAGGACCUCGACCACCACCACCGUACCCACCCAUGUCUACAGCAAGCUCCGGUAGAGCCCUCUGUACUCACAAUGUCAUGUGGCUCAUUGAUGCUGAACAAACCUCUGUCGCAUGGUUGAUCGUCAUAGCGCGGACUGUUGCACGUUUCCUCAAGCUUCGGCCUUGCUUAUUGUACAGUUUAACUUUCGAGGUGCUGUAUCAGUACUCUAGCAUCACCUUGCUUGCGUAGUACUCCUAAUCAGCUUCGCAGGGUGCUGAACACUUUUUGAAGCACGCGCAGGCUUCUUUCGACCGCGGUAGCAUUUCUGUGUUUUCUUCAUGAUGACAUUUUUGUUUCUUUCCUUCAUUAGCCACAAGAGUGCAACGUGUAUUGUGGUGCGUGUGUGUUUUCUUUUAUUUCAGUCAACGUGUACCUGAUACACUUAUACCGUGGUCCUCACCGUGUUAGAGAUAAAGUGUCAGUGCAUCCGCAUUUCUUCCAUGACUGAAACUUUGUAGCUGUCCGUAUUACACAGCGCCUUAGCACAAGUACUUGGUUCCACUGCAAAAUGGAAGAUGCGAUGGCUGAAACGUCGCGUUAGAAAAGUUCAUGCGUGCGUGGUCACCCAUCAGUGAUGAGUAUACACAUUAAUAAAAAAAUACAAAAGAUAGGCCAAAUCAACGAAGCAUUGCGUACACUGAACGUUGCAAAUACGGUACACACGAUUUUCGGGGACAACAAUAUUUUAGUGUAUGCAGCGAAAACUUUAAAACCGUACUACUAUCUGUUCGUAAAGGAAGCGUGUGAAAA